CCAGAGGUGCACCUAGGUAAUUUUGGAGCCUAGACUUAAAGGCCUUUGGAGGCCCCCCUCCCAUGCAAAUUAAGCAUCAUCAUGCUCGGCCAGACGACCACACCACCCAGGACAGAUUAAGGAAGAUUUGGGGGCCCCCAGGGGCUGUGGAGGCCCUGGACCUCAGCCCCGAAGUCCAGGGGCAAGAGUGCCUCUGUCUGUGGCUACACUGGGUAUUUUUUAAAAAACCCUCUCUCUACAAUAGCUGAGUCUAAGAGAAAGACAAUGCUGAGAAAAGAAUAAAGGAUGGCUUUUUGGAUUAGAGCUAAUUUUGAACACACGUUGAGAGCCUCAUCACUGCCGUCAGGAGCAAACAAUUCCCCAGGAACCCAAACGGAAGCUUCUAGAAGAGGAAAACAGUUGGAUGGUCCUAUCUUGACAGUGGCUUUAGGGCCUUUCUUUCCGGGAUCAUGUCCUCCUCUACCAGCAGAAACCCUUCCACUUCCUCUUUCCUGUCUGCCAAUGAAACGGGAGCAAGUCCUGUAGUUGCCAGCUCUUCUAACACUUCGUGGGAGCUGCACGCGGAAGAUUUCGCCAAGGACCUAUCCUGCUUUCUGUGCCUUGAACUGUUUAAGGAGCCAGUGAUUCUGCCCUGUGGCCAUAACUUCUGUAAACUUUGUUUAGAGAACAUCUGGGCCAAGAAAGGAGUUUUCUGCCCCGAAUGCCACUCAAAGGUUCCAGGGGGGAAGUACAUAGGAAACAAAACUCUGGAGAAACUGGCAGAGAAGAUCAAGGCCUAUUCUGUGGGGAACAUCCCACAGAACUGCAUCGAACAUAGUGAGCCAUAUACCCUCUAUUGGAAGAAAAGUGGGAAAUUAGCGUGCUUCAGCUGCCGAGAAGCUCAGGAUCCCAAAGAUCAAAGCACCCAGUUUCUUCUCAUCCCAGAUGCUGUGCAGAUUUAUACGGAAAAGCUGAUCAUGCUAAGAAUACAGCUUAGGUCCAUCCUUGUGAACCUUGAGGUGUUGAAGACUUCCCAGGAAGAUCAGAUUUCUAGUCAUAAAGAAAACAAAUUGCAACUUCAGUACCACAUUGCUUUGGAAUUCUUAAAAAUGCACCAGCUUCUUCAUAGCAAGGAGAAAGCAUUAAUCAAGCAGCUAAAAGAAGAGGCUGAAAUCCUCCUCCAAGAAAUGGAGGCCAAUCUAAACAAACUCCAAGACCAAACGCGGAGCGCUAAGGACACCCUGGUGUUCAUUCAAUCUCGACUGUACCAGGAGAAUUCUGCUGGCUUCCUGAAAGGAAUAAAAUCCUUCGUAGAUCGGAUGGAGCAGAGAACAGAGCAUGCAUCUCCAAAUGAUCUAGUGGCCGGGUCUCUGUGCACAGGGCACUUCAAGGGACCAAUACAUUACUUUGUGUGGAAGGAAAUGAAAUCCAUCCUCAACCCAGACAUUACCUGUGUGACUAUGGACCCCAAAACAGCACAUCCAAACUUGGUUCUCUCAGAAGAUUUGACCAGCGUGAGACACGAUGACAUCAAGCAGUCACUGCCAGAUCUUCCAGAGAGAUUUGACUGCAGUGUUUCUGUCCUAGGAGCUCAUGGGUACAUCACUGGGAGGCACUACUGGGAAGUGAUGGUGCACAGGAAGACCAAAUGGACUUUGGGAGUUGUAAAACAGAGCAUUAACCGUAAAGGGAACUACCCACUGUCACCUAAAGAUGGUCACUGGCUGAUAAAGCUAAGGAACAAGAAUGAGUUAAAGGCUGUAGACGUACCUCCAAAAUCCCUGUCCUUAAACAAAGUUCUCGUUCGAAUUGGAGUAUUUUUGGAUUAUGAGGAAGGCCAGGUGUCCUUUUACGAUGCUCACAGAAUGACUCACAUUUACACUUUCACAGAUGUUUUCACGGAAAGACUCUACCCGUACUUUUGUCCAUGUUUGAAUGACUCCAAGGCAAACAGUGCUCCACUGAGAGUUAUUGGUUUUAAAAUGUAGAUGCACAAUGAGAAAGAGGUCUACUUGCAAACCAGAUCUCUUGCUACAUAGAGGCAGCUUACGGGAUCCAGUGCUAGGGUCCCAAUGCUGAUGAAAGGGGACAGAUGGUGCCCUUGGACUACUAUUGGGACCUAACCCCAGCCCUACCAUUGCCACUGGCACUCCUGCACUGGCAGCUACUCCUACCUUUCCCAUGGCACAGCUGUGUGUUGCAAGUACUACUCUACAGUUAGGUCAUGCCUGAGGGUGGCAGAAUUUCUUCCAGUUCUCUUAAUUGGCAUCAUAAUUUAGAUCCAUGCACUAUUUGCUCUGAUAAUUUCUAAUUGUAAGGUUGGGAUAGGGAGAGCUGUUAGUUUGUGCUGAAUGCAUCUAAGAAGCACUCUUCAAACAUCAGCAACAACAUUCAUUCAAUUCCAAUUCACUUAGCAAAACAGGUUUACAGCCUGUACAAUAGUCUACAUAUAUAUUUACUGGAAAAUAUUAAACUUAGACAUACCAGAAGAAGUGCAACAUUUAGCAGGGAGUUCAGCUAACUCAGAGUAAAAAGAAAAAUGAUAAAAAUUUGAGAGUAUUGCUAGAAACAACAGUUUGGGCCAAGAACUCAUUCCCUAACAAACGGGGGUAGGGUGAGGAGUGUUAGUGCAUUCUUUUGCUUUAAUUAAAUUCAAUAAAAGAAAAAUAUCAAUUUCACAAUAUGGUGGUCACUCUUGAAGCAGGGUUAAAAAAAUCCCAAUUAUUUAUGAAGAGCAAAUAUUAAUGUCUGUUCUUGUCUGACUUAUUCCCAUUUUACACUCAAUAAACUGUUAAUAAACUGUUACAAUAUUGUAAAUGGGAAAUCAAGCCCCCCAUGUUUCCAUUAUCCCCUGUUGUAGUCAGUUUUCAAGUUGGUUUUAAUAGUUUGCCCCUUUUCAUGAUUAACUCUUGAUAGAUUUAAAUUACUUUCAUUUGUGUUUUGAUGUUCUAAAAAAUAAAAAAUGUGUUACGCACACACACAACACACACACCAUUCAGAAUAAAAGGAAGGACUGUGUUUCCCCCCUGCUGAUAAAAUGUUUAAAAAGCGUGCAAGUAUGGGAAAAGAAGAUUUAAAUAUAUACCAUUGCCUCACUUUAAUCCCUCAUGCAUUGUUGCAUCGGGAGCUUUUCAGAUUACACAAUAUCGAAACUUUUGCAUCACGUUAAUUGUUUCAUAUUCUUGCAUGAAUUCUGGAAUGUGAAUAUUACAGAAAUGGGAUGGGCCCGUGGAGCCUCUGAGUAAGCAAGCCACCAUGCGCUCUUGUGAGAAAGAGCGGGAUAAUGUUGGUGACUUCCUAGUGUGUUCACAUGCACUGAAAAAUGCAUGCGUGUGUGCACUCACACACAUGAUUGAUUCAUCAUACAUGUGGGCAAAGCAGAAGGUGAGAGGUGGAAAGAGAAAUAUUCUUCAUUCCGCAUUGUGUGAUGUUUAGAUUUUGCUGUCUCUAAAUAAAAAGCAGGAAAGCGGA